AUGUUGCAGUUAAGAAAUUUUGUUGAUAAAAGAAUAUUAUUAAAGAAAUGUGUUCCGAUAUGUCAAAGGCUUUUCUAUAGUAAUGUUGUUAAUGAUCACUUUAGGAAUCCAAGAAAUGUAGGGAGUCUCCCUAGUGAUGAUAAGAAUGUCGGAACAGCUGUUGUUGGUAAAGCUGCAUGUGGAGAUGUUGUUAAAUUGCAGGUAAGCAUUAAGGAUGGAGUUAUUAAGGAUGCUAAGUUCAAAACCUUUGGAUGUGGUUCUGCUAUAGCUAGUACAUCCUAUGCUACUGAACUAAUUAUUGGAAAAACUACUGAAGAAGCUUUGAAGGUCAAUAACAAGACUAUUGCAAAUCACUUAAAUUUACCUCCAAUCAAGUUACAUUGUUCUUUAUUGGCUGAAGAUGCUAUUAAACAUGCAAUUAAAAACUAUCAAGAGAAACAACAAGAAUCGUGA